AUGGCAAGCACUAGUAGUAGUAAUGAAAGCCAUGAUUCGAGUUCAAGCUCGUCUCAAGACGAAGAGGUUUUGCUUUGCUUAUUAUUGCUGCGAAGAAAACGAAGACGCUUAAGAGCAGCCUGUCGACAGACCUGGGUAAAACCUUGGAUUUUGCGCAGGCAAACGCAAGGAGCAAGUGAGAAUAUUGUUCGUGAAUUGAACUGCGAACAUCCAGAAAAAUUCAGGCAAUAUCACCGACUUGACAGAGACACGUUUGAAGAGGUUUUGACGAUAAUAUGUCCUUUAAUUGAGAAGAAAGACACCCACCUUCGGAGCGCUUUAAAGCCUAUCGAAAGACUGUCCGUGACAUUACGUUUUUUAGCAACAGGUGAAACAUUCAGAAGUCUUUCUUUCCAAUAUCGAAUCGGUGAGAGAACAAUAUCUGGAAUUGUGGAAGAAACCUGUCAAGCUUUGUACGAAGUUCUAAAGGGCAAAUAUUUAAAGGUAUAA